UGUACGGAAAUGUUACACGCAGUAAUUGAAUACACGGAGCAGAAGAGAUCUGUCGAGUCGAUCAUGGAUACGUUAAUACUGGAACCAUCUCUUUAUACUGUGAAAGCUGUCCUGAUCAUGGACAACGAUGGAGAGAGACUUUAUGCUAAGUAUUAUGAUGACACCUAUCCCACAGUGAAAGAGCAGAAAGCAUUUGAGAAAAACAUCUUCAACAAAACACACAGAACAGACAGUGAAAUAGCUUUGUUGGAGGGUCUAACCGUUGUAUAUAAGAGCAAUAUUGAUUUGUAUUUCUACGUCAUUGGCAGCUCUCAUGAAAAUGAGCUGAUGCUCAUGUCAGUGCUGAAUUGUCUAUUUGAUUCUCUCAGUCAAAUGUUGAGGAAAAAUGUGGAAAAGAGAGCCUUGCUUGAAAAUAUGGAGGGUCUUUUCUUGGCUGUUGAUGAGAUUGUCGAUGGCGGAGUGAUCCUUGAAAGUGACCCUCAGCAGGUGGUACACCGCGUCGCUUUGAGGGGCGACGACGUACCUCUGACAGAACAGACAGUCACUCAGGUGCUACAGUCAGCUAAGGAGCAGAUCAAAUGGUCUCUUCUCCGAUAAGAUAUUGGUCCAGAUGACAUGAAAUCUGACACAUUCACUUUUCAUCGCUCCUCUGCCCUGUUUUCUUGAAUUAUUUCUUGUUAAAGUUCACGUCCACUGAAAACGACUUCUAGUGUUUCUCUUUCGUGAAGAUAACACCAGGAACAUCUCCAUUUCAAAAUAAUUUCCGAGGCAAGAACCUGGGAAAAUUGCUUUGGCGGGACUUUCUCUUUAGGGAAAAGUACCAGGGCAUGUUUUUUUUAAAUCCCAUUCCAGUAAGCAAUGAAUAUACAGCUGGUUUUGUGAAUGAUAUCACUGUUGUACUUCAAGAAUUUCAUUACAUUUCUGUACAUUCCAGUGGUUGUUGUUGUGUCCUUUUCCACCCUCUAACCCUUGUUUUGAUUGAAGUAAAGAAAACAGUUUCAUCUA